AAUUUGCCUUCAUUGAAAAUUCAAAAGUCAUAUUGUUUGAUAUUGUUUCUCAAUCAUAUCUGCCUGAAACAAUAGUUUCUGUUGAAAUAAUUGUCAUUCACGUCAAGUUAACAUUUAUUGUAGCCAUACAGAAGUUAACUGCUCAUUGUCUUACUCAGUGGGCACAGCUUGAAGCUAUUGUUGAAAGAGUUUGUACUAGUCCUGAAAUAAAAGAUGAGGUAUUAAGUUUGAUUAGUUAAAUUAAAAAUACAUACAAUGGCGCUUCUGAAGAAAUUUCUUUCCUCAUUGAACAACUACGCCUCACCACUUAUUCUCCAAAUGGACGUCGCUUUUCUACUUAAUGUAUAUGUCGUUCACUUGAACUGUAUUUGCCCUCCAGAUGUUGUUUUUGACAUUUAAAAAAUCUGCUUUGCUUGCCCAGUCCAAAGAUUCAGAGUCUUUGAAAUGAGAGUCUGACUCUUAUUUCAAAUUUAGGAGGAGUUAAAGAACUUUGAAAUGAAAAAGAUUGCAAUGAUACAAUCAAUGUUAUUUUUAAAAAUUUCAAUAGUUCUGGAAAGCGUUGCUGCCUUCUCUUUGAUGAGAUGUAUAUUAAACCAAGUGUUAGUUUCAAAGGAGGAAACCUCAUUGGAUAUAGUGAGGACAAUCUCACUAAAAUUGCAAAAACAUUAUUAGUCUUUAUGAUUAAACCUUUGCUUGGUAAACCUUUUUUUGUUUGUAGAAUUAUACUAAUAUUCAAACUGUCAGUGCAUUUCUUUGUCUGUCAGUACACUUUCUUCAGGAUUUGAUCAGGAGGAGAAUUAUUGUGUCUCUUAUCAGAUAACCAUCCCACAAAUUGAAGUGUUUAACAAAGUUUUGUUGUUAAAAAGAAUUUUCUAUGACAAGGUGUUAUAGAAAAAGAAAAACCAGUUAUUAUGCUACACGCGACCCAGUUCACUUGUUUAAAAGUAUAAGAAACAAUUAGUUUACGGAAAAAACACAAAGAAUUAUUUUAAAAGUUAAUAAUCAACUUCUCUCUGAUGAUUGGUCUCACAUUGUUCAAUUAUAUAACAGACAGAAAUUGUGUGUUGCUAGCUUUCCUGCAAGUCAGUGUACCCUAGUUUGAUUGAUAGACAAAAUGUUGCAAACAUGAUUGCUGUAUUUAAUGAAAAAACUGUUGCAGCAUUGAGAUUAGCUAAUUUUGAGAACACUGCUUGUUUUUUGGCACCAAUUGUUUCACUAUGGAAACUGCUGAAUGUAAAGAGGAAAAGUUGCAAUGUUUUACUUAAUGAUAUCAAUAGGUCUUCUUUGCAGAUACUCGAUGACCUUUUAUUAAAAAAUUUUUUAGCAUUUGUUGAUACAACUUCUAAGAUGUCAGAGGGAAAGGGAUUAAAGUGUCAUAAUACUUUUACACCAGAAACAAAACAUGCUCUAGUUAACACCCUACAAAGAUUGGUAGAAUUAAUAAAAAACUGCUUUCAAAAGAUCACCGGUAUGUUCUUCCUGGUAUUUUUCUAAUCUGGAGCAUUCUUAAAAUGCCAAGAAAAAGUUUGACAACUCAUCCUGGCACUAGAAAAUAUGGCACAAUAUCUAAUUACUCAAAUGCUACACUUCAAGAGGCAUUAGCCAAAAUUAAAUUAGAAAACAUGUCGAUUGGUGAAGCUUCUAAAAUUUUUAAAGUACCUAAAACAACAUUGUUUUAUACGCUAAAAAGUAAACACUGUAAAUCAGUAUCUCGAUUAUAGUGGAAAAGAUAUACAACAGUUUAAAGAUAACCAACCAGAUUGGGAGUGGUGUAGACUUUAUCUUGACAGAUAUCUCAUUGUAUUUCAAGGAAACGUGCACAGGUUAAUUAUUGUCAAAUAGAAUUAUUUUUUCAAAAUCUAGAAAAGGAAUUAAAUGGAGGAACGCCAGAUAACAUUUAUAAUAUGGAUGAAACAGGGUUUCAUGACGAACCUGGAAAAAAAAAACUUAUUUUUUGUUGAUCCUCUCGCCAUCCAGAACUUAUAACAAACACUACAAAAUCUUGUUACACUGUUGUUUUUUGUGGAAAUGCCUCUGGAAAGCUAAUCACUCCAUUUUUCAUUUUUAAAGGAAAACACAGUUGGUCUGACUGGCUUUUUAAUGCACCAGAAGGAUCAAGAAUGGGAACUUCUUGCAGUGCCUGGAUGGAAAUUCAAAUAUUUGAAGAGUGGCUGUUAAAUCACUUUGUUCCAAAUAUUAUAAAUAAGGAAGGUAAAAAAAUUCUGGUUUGUGAUAAUUUAAGUGUUCAUAUAUUUUUAAAAGACUUGAAUAUUUGUGAAAAGCAUAAUAUAACAUUUAUAUGUUUGGUACCCAAUUCCACACACCUUUUACAAACUCUAGAUGUUGGGUAUUUCUUGAGUUUAAAAGCUAAUUGGAGGUCAGUUCUUAACCAAUGGCGUAAAACAUUCCGUGGGAAAAAAGUUAAUAACCUACCAAAAAAUUUGUUUUCGCAGCUCAUUAAAUCUACUCUUAAUGUUGGUAAAGAAAAUCUAGAACAUAAUCUACAAGCAGGAUUUAAGGCUACUGGCAUAUAUCCAUUCGACCCUGAACAUGUUCUCUCGAAAUUAACCAGUUUUACAAAUAUAGAUAUUCAUCUCAACAUUGGAGAAUCGUUUAGGAAAUUCGUAGAUGAAAUUCAUACAUCUAAUCUUAAUUAUGAAGCAAGCAAAAAAUUCAAGUUACCAAUAACAGCAGGGAAAAGUGUAUCAGCCACUGAGGUAGAAGCAUACUAUAAGUUAAGAGACAAUCAAAAAAAAAAAAAAAAUCAAGAUAAUAUUCGAACAAAGAAAAGAAGAAGACAACUUGGAUCAAAAAAUAUAAUUAUGAAAAUAAACAAAAAAAAUGUUUCACAAAGUUCAAGCAUUGUAGAUGUUAAUCAAAUUAUUGAAGACAAUGAGCAAGUUUUAUCUCAAAAUGAUGCAGUUUCUUCAUUAGAGCAAAUAAACAAUCGAAGUAUACUUGUUUUCCAUGAUCAUGAUUAUUCGAUUAAAGAGUUAGUUGUGACUCAAGACUUAAAGAAUGGACUUAAACACUGUAAUAUUUAGUUUUAUAGUCACAGGUGUUUAUUUGUGUGAAAUUAUAUAAAAAUGAUGUCUUAA